AUGUUGACUCAAAUCCUCUUAGCGUUUUCCUUAAUAUCUAUUAGCUACAGUCAAACUAACUGUCGAACCACAGCAUGGUGGGUUUUAAUGCCAUUUCCAAAAACUAUGUUACAACCAUUUCUUGACCAUUCAAAAGAAAUACUUUCAUUUAACUCAUCAAAUCCAUUGGCAAGUUUCAUGAAAAAUGAUGAACAUCCUGUUUAUUUUGAAUUUAAUCAACAAAAUCAAUGUGAACAAAGUUCACUACCACCAUGGUUAGCUAAUUUGACUGAGCAAACAUUUGUUGAAUUUAAAUUAGAAAUUCCUUAUUUAAUUCGUCAAAAUAAAACUGUGAUGUUAAAACCAUUGGUUUAUCAAAACAGUGCACUCGAUGUGAGUGCGACGCAUCUUGUCUACGGUCUUCCGAGUUAUUUGGCUACUAUGCACGCUGACUUUGACAAUAAUAAAUAUUCCAUUUCGUAUAAACAAGGAUUGGUAGAAGUUUCAUUUGAACCUUUAACGCCUAGUCUUUUGCCAUUUGGUUCACCAGAAACAACGAAUUUUUCAUCAUUUGUCGAUGCUAAUAUUUCGCCUUGGCUUGCUUUUCCUCCAGUUUCAAUUUUCAGUCAUACAAAAUGUGCUUCAAAUCUUUAUAAAUUCUCACAACCAGCUCAUAUUCGACCAGUUAAAAUGACAUUAAAUAUUAGGGGUGAUAUAUUUCAGAGUAUACCCUCUGGAAUCUAUACUAAUAUAGGAGAUCGACCAUUAGGUGCUUGGCAAAUCGAUGUGCAAACAACAAUUACAUCAACAUAUCAAUGUCCUUAA